AUGGACAAUAAUACGGGUGCUUACGCAGCCAUGACUCCAAUUAAUGAAAACGUUUGUUUGGACGUUUGUACAAGCACAGGUGAUUUUGAUAAACUAAAACAGGGAUUAACAUUACUUGAACAAGCAAAAACGCUUGAUCAUAAUCGAGAUUAUUACGGAGCUAUACGUCAUUAUCGCGAUGGUGUUGAUUAUCUAAUGGAUGAAUUCAUGUCUCGUCCCUGUGCGAACGAACAAUCAAAGGAAUAUCUCCGUUUAAAAUGUCACAAGAUAUUAAAUCGUGUUGAUAUUCUGAAAAAAUUAAUCAAACAACAAGAACGUGAAACCAUACAGGAGGCAAUCAAUUCGGAAGAACAAUCCGGCGAGACGGAAUCCUAA